AUGCCCUCUAAACGGACCAUCGACGUCACCCCUAGCAUCACGGAACGGGCAUUACGAAGCGGCUCGGUGUGUAAAAGACCCGCAUUGUCUUUGAGGUUGGAUGAACCGGCUAUCAAAGUGGAGGUGGAGGAGACAAGAGAUGCCAAGAGAGUCAAGCAAGAAGAGCAAAUAGUGGCAACGAUAAAGAGAGAGGAGAUUGUCGAGAACGAACAAGUCAAGGUGAAGGUGGAAGUGCUGGAGGAUGUUAAUUCUGAGCUGAUCCUCUCAGAUGAGGAGUUGGAGCGAAAACUCAAGAACCUAAAAGAGGAGAUAGUACAAGAGACCUUGGAAGUGGGCAAGAUGACAACUAGUGAAAUGGAUGGUUUCGAUUUCCAGAAGAAGAAGGUAAAUCCACCAAACGUGUUUCCUUCGGUUUCCUCUGAGGAUAUACUACCGAGUCAGCCAAAGAACUGGGACAAGAUAUAUAACACCAUUGUCGAUAUGAGAAAGCUCAUCGUCACGCCUGUCGAUACCAUGGGCUGCGAGAGAAUGCCAGAUACCAUUACCCCGGGUCUCUCGCAUGAUGAUUCAAAGUUGUACCGAUUCCAGCUUUUAAUAUCAUUGAUGUUGUCAUCCCAAACGAAGGACGAAGUGAACUACUCAGCGAUGGUGAAGUUGAACAGCCAUUUCAAGAAAAAAGGAUACCCUGCGUUAUGUCUUGAAUCAUGUUUGGACGCCUCUGAGGCGGAGCUUGAUGAGUGUAUUAAACAGGUCGGUUUUCACAGACGUAAGGCUUCUUUCAUCAAGAAAACAUGUGAAUUGGUGAGAGAUAGGUUUGAAGGAGACAUUCCCAAAACCAUCGAGGAAAUCGUAACGUUUCCUGGUGUUGGGCCCAAAAUGGGCCAUUUGCUUCUUCAAAAUGGCUGGGGUAUCAAUCUGGGAAUCGGGGUGGAUGUGCAUCUUCAUCGACUUGCUCAGAUGUGGGGUUGGGUUCCAAAAUCUGAUAAACCGGAGACAACCCGUGUAGCCCUUGAAGAAUGGCUUCCUCGAAAGUACUGGGGUGAUGUUAAUCCGUUGCUAGUUGGCUUUGGUCAGACGGUGUGUGUCCCUCGAGCACUGAACUGUGAUGUUUGUACAUUGGCUCCAAGUGGCUUGUGUAAGGGAGUCAAUCGAAAAUUGGCGAAGGCGGAGAUUACGGAAGCUCGCUUGGCAAAGUUGAGCAAACAGCGAGGUAAUUUGUUGAAACUCGUGGAAUUGCGUAAAUAG